UUAUGAUUACGAUGAGAUGAAGUUUCGAUUUGACUCCAACACAGUAUCACAAUAGAUUGCUCCAUAUUCUUUUUUUUUUCCUCCUCUUCGCCGCCGCUAACAGUUACACAUGAUGGAUGGAGUAAAACGUUGUCUCUCCGAUUAUACACAAACGAUCCUCCUAGCUACGCGCUUAGUCUCAUCGAGCCUCUACAUCUUCAUCGCAUGCUUUUCCAUCAAACGAUUAUGUGAUGUUCUAAGUUUUUUCGACAGUCUGAUAAUACUAAUAUGUCUGACUGCCUUAGUGUACGGUAGUCUGGACAUUAUUUUCCCAAGACUAUUCGAUUCGAAACACACCGGUUAUACGAAUACUAGAUUUCGAUGCGAUGUUAUCCUCUGUCUUGGAUUUACAAUUGCCUCGACUACAUUAAGUAGAGCCGCCUCGAGGGAGUCUCAGUACGACAGCGUAUACUGGGAGAGAGAUAUGGUUUUGAGUGAUAUGCGACGAAUUCAAUCGACUUUGUCCGCUGUGGUUAGCACUUUUCACAUGGGUAUGUGUAUCUGGCAGCCACUGUAGUCAGAUAUUUGUGUAACAAUAUGCUCUGC